AUGGGGCUCUUUUCCUUCCCUGAGCUGAAUACCCGUGUGGGAACUUGGCGUGCUUACCACCUCGCUGGCAUCGUUUUCAUUUCUUCCUUCCUGUCAGGUUAUGAUGCUGGUAUUGCCGGCGGUAUCCUCACUUUCGCGUCUUUCGAGUCCGACUUCCGCUACACUUCCGCACAUGAAUCUAAGGUCUCCUCGCUUACUGUGGGCCUGGAGCAGCUAGGAUCCUUCGUUGCCGCAGCUUGUGUCUAUCCAAUCACCAAUAAGUAUGGACGCAAGUGGACCAUAAUCGGUGCCACGGGAAUUUUCUGCCUUGGCGUCAUUAUCCAGGUUAUCAACACACACUCGCUGGCAGCCUGGUAUGUGGGCCGUGUUAUUGCUGGUUUGGGGAUGGGUGCCCAGAGUGUGGUGAUUCCCAUGUACUCGGCAGAGAUGACUCCCAAGGAGAUUCGUGGUCGUUGCGGUUCUUUUUACCAGUGGAUGUAUGCGUGGGGUGUUUUUCUCGCAUAUUGGGUUGACUAUAGUGCUUCAAUUUCUGGUACCUCACGCGAGUGGCAGAUCCCCGUUGGUCUCCAAUUAGUGUCUGGAGGUGCCCUUUUCAUCCUAUCUUUCACGCUCCCGGAGUCAAUCCGUUGGCUUGCAACCCAAAAUCGCAACGAGGAGGCCUGGAAAUCAAUCGAGUGGAUCCGUGGUGGUGAUAACCAGAAGACUCGUGACGAGUUCGCAGAAACGCAGCUCGGUCUGCAGGCGGAACGUGCUGAGCGUGAAGGCUUCUCUUUCCGCGAGCUUCUUGAGCCUGCUAACCGCCUGCGCUUCUUUGUCGGGCCUCUGCUAUUCACCUUCCAGAAUGCCACAGGAAGCAGUGCCCUCGCAGUCUUUGCGCCGCAGUACUUCAAGCUUGUUGCUGGUGGCAAUUCCGAUAUGCUACUUACUGCCUUGUUCGGUGCCAUGAAAGUUAUUGCGUGCUCUUUUUUCAUUUUCUUCCUCUCAGAGCGUCUGACUCGUCGUGGGUCUCUAGUUGGCGGUUCCGUGUUCAUGGGCACCUGCAUGCUGAUUACGUCGUUGGUUGUUGACAAAACACACACGACCAUUGAUGGAAAUGUCACCUCUGCUGGAAGGGCGACGGUUGCCAUGCUGUACCUUAAUAUCAUGGUGUACAACUGCUCUUGGGGCCCUAUGCCAUGGGCUUAUGUGCCAGAGAUCUUCCCGACUCGCAUCCGUGCCAUGGGAUUAGCUGUCAGCAUGCUGGCGCACUGGGCGACAUCAUUCUGUUUCUCGUUCGCCAGUCCCUACAUGAUCAAAAAUGUAGGUGCAAACACCUUCCUGAUCUUCAUGGGCUUUGACUUCGUCGCUGCUGUUUUCUGCUGGUUCUUCGUGAAAGAAACUCGUGGAAAGAAUCUUGAGAAGGCUGCCGGUACCGAAUGGGAGGCUGCUGAGCGUAGCUCUGAUGAUGACGAGGAAAAGGGUGGUGUGAUCGGUGCAAAUGGAAAGAAGUUGCAGCUGGUCAGCGUGCAUGAGAAUUUCCACACCAACCUGCAUCAUUCCAAAUAA